GCGCUCCGGACUGUUUAUAGAGAAGGACCGGUGCUUUUGUUCUGUCGCCACCGAGUUAAAGCGCCUCUCCCUGGUUUACAUGGCGAACAAAUCCCACUUCUCGAAGCUUUAAAGCCACUUUUUUGUCAACAAUGACAGAGAAACAUGGCGGAAAACGAGCUUGUUGCGUUCAGGGAACGUUGGAAACGAGAGUUAACCACUAAGACAGAAGAGAAGCCAGCCGUUUGUGCGUCUUCCUCCUCCCGGGAUGCCUCCACACAGGCAAGAAAAGAGCGAAGUCUCAACACUCGUUCAGGAGCAGACGACGCGGAUUGUGCUGAGGAUGGAGGGCGCGUUGGGGGAGGAAGAGGGGAUGCAGAGACUGAGGAUCAGCCGGAGUAUGUGUCCAUUGCGCGCAGUUUGCUGGACGGGAGGACCAGUCCCCUGCUGGACAGGAUACAGGAGGAGAGGACCAGGAGGAAGAGGCUGUAUCAGAGCAUGACCAGCGCCUGCAGCGCGUCCCUGCAGCAGAAACAGCAACAGCAGCAGCAGCCUCAGAGAAAGGUCAAGAAGGAAGAGGAGCUGGUGGAUCAGCUGAUUCAGGAUCUGAAUGAAGUCAAUGACAUUCCCUUCUUUGACAUCGAGUUGCCAUACGAGUUAGCCUUGAAGAUAUUCCAGUACCUCAACUGUACUGAACUGGGCCGCUGUGCCCAGGUGAGCAGGGCGUGGAGAGUCCUCGCAGAGGACGGCGUUCUGUGGUUCAGGAUGUGCACGAGGGAGGGUUACCACCAGGAUGCCAGCGUGUCCGACUCCCCCUGCUGGAAGAGCACGCUGCGCGACUGCCGCAACUCGCUCAAAAACGUGCGCUUCAACUGGAAGAAUCGAGUGGGAGCCAUCAGCCAGCUGCAGUUCGAGCUGGGGAAGGUGUUGUGUGACGUCAGCUCCUGCGACAGCUUCGUUUUAGCCGGGUACACGUCUGGGGAUGUGAGGCUGUGGGACACGCUGCACUGGGACUCGGCCUCCUCGUACCUGAAGGUGAACGGUCUGUCUGCGAACACGGAGCCGAGGCCUCACGUCAGUCACGUCCAGGUCAACAGCUCGGUGGCUGCUGCUGCAUAUGAAGACGGUUGUGUGGACCUGUGGAGCACAGAGACAGGCGGGGAGCCCGUCCACCACUACCAGAGCCCGGGGAGGAUCCAGGCUCUGUCCCUGAGCCCUGAUACCCCGGCUCUGGCGUCCGCCGCCGGAUCAGACGUGCGACUCGACUGUGCCGACGACCGCGGCUACUGGAGGACGGCGUGUCGGGCUCAGCUCCCCAAGACUGUGGAGAGUGUGGCGCUGGUGCCGGGCCGAGGGCGGCAGCAGCAGCCGCUGGCGGCUCUGGCGGCAGGAGACGGCGUCUACCUGCUGGAUCCCGGAGACGAGCAGCCGCGCAGCCUCCACUCGGUCUACGGGCAUCCGGUCACCUGCCUGGACGCCUCCGACUCGCUCGUCGCGUUCGGGGUGAAGAGCUCGGGCUGGGCCAUGCACGACGGAGGCAACAAGAUCCACGUCUACAGCCUGGAGACGAGCAAACCGACGGCCUGCGUCGGCAGCUCCCCGGGCGACUUCACCUGCAUCAACCUGAGGGACUCGAACCUGCCUCAUCUGCUGGUGUGCGGCAACAAGGACCGGAGGGUGAGGGUCUUUGACCUCAGAGCCGGCUCCUCCGUGGCGUCCCUGUACGCCCACCACCUGGGGGUCACCUCUGUGCAGGCGGACGACUGGAAGAUCGUCAGCGGUGGAGGCGAAGGGCUGGUGUGUGUGUGGGAGAUGAGGAUGGGAGCUAAACUGUGGGAGAUGCACAACAGACAUCCUGUCAGACACGUUCGCUUCAACACCAGCACCCUGGUCACGGCCAACAUCCCCGAUGACAAGGUGCCGCGGGGGGCAUGCAUCACGGACGACGACCUGACAGCUCAUCGCAGGCACAGGGGAGUCAUCUGCCACUACGACUUCUCUGAGGACGCCAUGUCCCAGGAUCACGUCCUGCCCAUCUGCAGGUCCGACUACACCGAGUCCUACGGCUACAACUACAAUAUCGGCCUGGCCGUUCCGUACGACCGGCUGUCUGGCUCCCACCCGUCCCACUGACGGAGGUGGGAGCUGAACUCUAUCAGUUUGAUUCUCCAAACUAUAUCGUUUUUGGAAACGUGAUAUAUUAAUGUAAUCAUUGCAGAGCUGUUUUAAAUUAAGCCACUAAGCUUGUAAACUAUUACUGUCCUGGAUUUGGUCACAGUUAUUAAAAAAAUGUCAUAUUUCUAUCA